AUGAAUCUCUUCCUCGACGCUUUCGACCGCGUUUUCAACCCACACACUUCCUCCUCCUCAAAAAGGAGAGCUUCCAGUUCUGGUCUAGUAUCAUCACUUGGCCCUGCUUCCUCCUAUUCUUCCUCCUCUAGAAGAACAACUAACACAACAAUGACUACAACAACUUCUACCACAACAGCUUUAUUAAAUUCCCCCCAAAAAAAUAAUUUUAGACGGCAAAGUGGUGGGGCUGUUAAUGCUGGGUUUCAGAAUGAAUUUGUGGCCCUUACUAUUGGGGAACCUGAAGAACCUUCCACUUCAACCAGAAUUCAAAGACAACAAAGUGCAAGCAGUGCAAGUCGGAGCAGGUAUAACUAGAGAACAAUCUCAGAGGUUGUUGGGACUCUAUAUAGCUCUAUAUAAGUAUGACUAGACUCUAGUGGCUCCUUGAACUUUUUUGAGACUCUAGUAGUCCUAUGAUAUUAUAACUCAGACUCUAGUGGUCUGGCUAUAGCUCGGACUCUAGUGGUCUAGCUCUUUGAAUUUAUUAAGACUCUAAUACCCUAUUAUAACUUAGACUCUAGUGACUAUUGCUCCCGACACGUUAGAGUAUUAAACGGAUUACUCUUCCUAACUUUGUUGACAUUCUGGGUUAGUGUAAACAUUCCCUUUUUUGUUCCUGUCAUA